AAAUUGGUUUUAGUUCGAUACAUUUGCGUCAGGUCGUUGUGCAUGGUCAGUUCGUCGUCGGGGUUCUACCGGCCUGCGGGGUUCUCGUAACUACUCCACCAUGUGGUCGUCCGAAUUUUGUGCUUCUGUGAGUCCCGGCUUGGUGUAAAUUAUAACGUGGGGUAACCACGAAUCAGGAGGUCGACACGGUCUCACUACAUUUACCAACACUGACGCUCUUAACUCUUCCGAUUGAAAAUUUUGGAUGUCGGGGACAAUAGGCCUUUCUAUAUUUGGCACUGUUUCGUUAUACAAGUAACUGGACUAAAACUUGUGGAGCGCUAUUUAAGCAUACACGGACAACUUUGGGGUAUUUGGCCCUUCUGUAUGCAUAUUCAACAUUGAAGUGUUUUGGGUAUAUCUUUUCCAAGUCACCGCUCCGUCAUGGUUUGUUAUGGAUAUUACUUUAACGCCUUCCGUUACCAUUAAAUGUAUAAGUUCAUGGCACAUACGACCAAAUCCUGGAUUAGUAGGAUACGAUUUGUACGCUUAUCAGAUUGACCUUUUCAUAUCGACCUUUGAUAUAGACUAUAAAGGUUCUAUUCGACCCGAAGGACACUCUAGAACCAAAGCAUCGACUGGAUAUACGUUUACGUGCUUGCGCAUUGUUGCCAAGGAUAGGAUAUGUUUCACAGGCUAUAGUUUAUAACACCAUCACACAUGUCAUACCAACGAUUCCAGUGACGUAGGACAUAUAGGGGAUAUCAAGUAUGAGUCUCGGUCUACUCGUUUAAUGGCACGAUUGCCAACGAAAUCAAAAUCUCUUUCAAAACCGCUGGUUCUGACGCAUGUGUUCUGGGGACUUUCCCGUCACGCUACAGGAUAACACGCAUUUACUAUUUUGAUUAAGUAUAAAUCUAGUUGUUGAGUGAUGAAUUAAGCUCAGAACAUGGGUACGGGGUCCAGCCAGAACACGGAGAACUUCGGGGCACCAGCUCGCGACACGGGGAAUACUGCGGUGCAAAAUAACAACGUGGGGGAGGACAAACGGUUGGGUAACGGACAUGUGUUACACAGCUCAGUUUGGAGCCCGCGGUCGGGGAUGGCGGAAGACACAGUCGCGGCGGAUCGCGGCAAAAUGGAAAAAAGUCGGGUCGAUUUAAACGAAGUUGACAAACUGCAAGCAGAUUUAGACAAGGAGUUAUUGCAAGGACGUGAAACAUUGAUAAACAACAAAAAACGAACUAACGGAAGUGACGUCACUGAUGACGUCACAUCGGACGAUUUCGAUCAGGAAGCGGAAGAGGAAAGAAUCCUGAACGAGUAUAAUUGUCCCGGUCAUAAUGGACGCCAGGAAAGUUACCCUGAGACGUACGCGGAGAAGAUGCGGAGGGAAAAAUACACGAAUGAGAUGAGGUUCGAACCGGUGCCGGAACGUGUGCUAGCCAGGCCAUCUGUGGAUUGGAAAGUCGAACAGGACAUUGAAGGAUUCGAUCCAAAUAAAUUCAAAGCUGUUAACAAAACAAAGAACGAGGAGUAUUUUGAACCUUCAAAAAGUCUAUCGGUACAUUCCGAAGAAACUGGUGCCAAUGACGAGGAUGGAAACAGAAGAGAAAGCAAUCACCUGAAAUAUGACAUAACUGAAGAAGAACUCAUGAAGGACAUCGAAAGUGAAUUCGCCGAUUUAUAACGAACAUUAAGGGCAGGUUAUCCUUAGUAAGAUGUCGGCUAUCGGCGUCUUUAACCGAAGACACCCGAGUCAUGGCGAAAGAUUCAUAACUCGGCGAUAUGUUUAUUUGAGAUGUACUUAUACUCAUAGUGCUCGGGAGGAGCAGAUGCGUGUACGCGGCAUCAUGACCGAUGUGGGGACGUAUUUGACAAGAAUAGUUGGGGCACGAUCUUGACUAAGAUGUCAACUAAGAAUCAUAUCGGGGUUUAAGUCUGGGCGGGCAUAUCAAUUGUACUCUUUGAACUGAACUUCACAACCUCUAUCUGACGGCUGUUUCUUGAACUAGUCGCUGCCCGAUUGGAAUUGGAGAAGUGGAAAAACUGGUAUUGUGAUCAAGAGACAAGACAACAAGGUUCAUUUACAAGCAGACAAUUUUAAUUCUAUUGGGAAAAGAAUUCUUGAUUCGCGAAAAUAUUAUGCCGCGAAUAUGUCCAUGGCUCGGCAUUCGCGAAAACUUUAUGCCGCGAAAAUGUUCUGUUCUAUAGUACUUGGUGUUAGAUUGUGAUAGGUGGGGUACGUAGAGCAACAAAAAGAAACCGCGCCGGUGUAAAAGUAAAAAGUGUCCCCCCUGGAAAAAGUGUCCGGCCCUAUUGUAUUCUGCAAUAUGGUUCUAUAGAGACCCUGACAGUCAAUAGCUCAGAGAUUGAAGCGCAUAAUAGAAUCCUUUGUUCCCGGACAUUUUAUCCUAGGACAUUUUAAACUUCUACACCGGUGUGCAAGGGAUAGUAGUCCUAGGGCUGAUAGUCCGUGUAACAAUAGCCCGCAUUGCUAAAUGUUUUGGUUAGGGUUAGCGGUACAAUAGAUCAUGUUGCUUAAUUGGUCAAAUACAAUGCUACCGGACUAUGACUCCAGGGGGACUAUAUCCGCUGUCACGCCGGGAACCAAAUGAAAACAGCACAGAGAAAGCAGGCUUUGUUGAUUUUAUUUAACCAGUGUUAUAGCCCUUCUUUUCGAAACACGGACUUGCAUUUUAUUCAAUUAGACAUGAAAUGACUUUGCAAUAAUUUAUUAUUCAAUCAUGUAGAUAUUAAACAAUUAUGUAAAUAUACUCUGUUUCCUCACAGGUAUACCGUCUUUGGGCGGCAUAUUUAAGAGGCCCGAAGGGAUGAAUACCUCGCAUACCUAAUACAAAGGUUAGGCCUAUUAGAUUGGACUGAUUGGCUCAGAUCGUGGCACAGACCUAUGACCAGAGACACCCGCUACUUGCAGUCUGCUACCAUUGGUCGAUGGGAUUUUAAAUGAAUUGAAUGGGUUGUAUUACCAGACAAUCGUGUUUGGGCUUUAGUCAUGGUGUGACCGAGGCGGAGCAAAUGGACAAUGCCCAUUCAUCACGUGGGCAAAGAAAAACCGCCUCGCAUGUGGUGAACCCUAUUGCGUACCCCAUCCAAUGUAUGGACACUGUUACUUUGUAUUAGCGGUACAGGAAGACGGUAUACGUGAGGAAACAGAGUAUGUAUUAUGUGCAUACCUCUUGUAAAUAGCACUUCUCUUCUAACAAACGCUGUUGAACUAGAAACCUAACCUGAUACAGGAUUGGUCUUUAAUUACCAUUGCAACGUCAUGUUACCCGUCCGAUUCGAAACUAUAUGUAAGUUGGAUUAGCCAGGAUUUCUAGAGGCCAGGUUUUGAGGAAGGUAUUUUCUGUUGCGGAAGGAGCUUUUUAGAAAAUGAAGGGAGUUUCGCUCUCAAUUUUACAGAGUCAUUCCCUGUACUGGGGAUAUUCAUCAUCACAUUAUAGUAUUUAUUUCCAAAUAGUUUUUUAUUCGCACCCUGUUGCCAACACAAAUGUUUCGGCUGAUUAACCACUUUAUAAAAAUACUGCCGUUGUCGUGGUACUGGCACAAACAAUUGAAAUUCUUCUCACAAUUACGCAACUUUUCUCAAAUCCUCGUCGUUCGUAACUCGGUCUGCAAGGCGAAUUAUGAUUGAGCACAGAGGAAGGACCGGUGACAGGGUGAGUGAUCGAUUGCUACAGGUUUGGCUUCAUGACUCCGCUAAAUUUCAGUCCCACUGGCGCCAAUGUGUCGGGCCUAUGCCGUCGCGUUAUAGUGCCACGUUGGGGUAUAGCCUCACCAGCCAAUCACAUUACACAAAUAUCUAAUUGAAUGGGGAUUACACGCAGGAACUAGCACUUUUAAUGGAUGGUCUCCAGGUGACUAACACUACGUUCACACUGAAGGCGAAUUGAAACCGUCUUCCGGAGAGCGCUCUUCGGAAAGCUAGGGAUGCACAUGCACAUGUACAGCUAGGGAUGCACGAUUUGGUCUUGUUGGACUUCCUCUCACAAGCGUAAGCAGUGCUGAUAUACUAUGGAAAAUCAGAGACACCUGUCGGGUUCUUCGUGUAACUUAAUUUGCCCCACCGAGCACCUGCCCUUUCUCCGCCCUUUAAAAUGCACCUUAAUCUUUUUAGACUGGCUGAUCACAUAAUCAUUUGACUGGUGCAAGCGUAGAGAAAAUGUCGCUCGCAACUAAUGCAACGAAAAUAUAGAACUUGACUAAACUGCACCUAUGAUUCGCGUCGCUCCGACAUUUUUCUCUUUUCUUUUGACUUUUGUGCUAAUGGGCCUAACUGGCGGUGCAACACGCUGGAAAUUUCAGACGAUAAAUAAUUUCUACACACCGAUACUUACAUAACCAACAACACCUGUACAUAUGUUGUUAUUUGACAAUGAUGAGCGGCCAGUUGACAUGGUUGAGGUUUUAUUAGGAAAACGAUGCAAUGGUGCGUGAAGCGCUUUCCUUAAGAAUUCUUGUACAGUCACGACGUCUUCCAACCAAUGUUUGUUAAUAAACAAUGCUGU